AUGGCAUCCCGUCCCAAGGCCAUGUCAUCUCCCCCUGAAGGAGUCAUGGAGUCAUUCCAGGGAACCCCUGACACAAGACUCACGAUGUUUUCCCCUGGUGAGGAUACUGUAACGUACCAUCAUGGUACAUCUUACAGAACUGGAGCUAUGCCUCCUCACGACCCCUACGAGGGCGUUGAUCCUUUUGUUGACACGUCCAACUCUGGACAACUGUCUGCAACUGCCUCGGCUUUUAAGCCCAACAAGGGCAAGUCGGCCGCAGUUCUACUUCCUCAUGGAGGACUUGUCAUCGCUUCUGCUCUGUCCCACGAGAUGGACAUCUCUCACCGACUGGAGCUAUGUGACACACCUACUCCGGAGCCUGAGGAGGUGCAGGCUUUCACCGAGGAGCUCCAGGCUGAGGGCAUGGCGUUCUUCGGAGCGCGUCACGUUGAGACCGAUGGGUCUCACGUUUACGUUUGCUUCGAGGAUCUCCGCGGAGCCAUAAACUUCCAUGACGCUGUCCGCAAGUCCGUAAAGACUUGGCUCCCAUCCUACAUCAAGGUCAAGCAAGAGCGACUUGACCGCGGUGACGUUCGACUCGCUGAGCUUAGACAGCUUGACGUCUCGAUCGACGUCGUUGACUACGCUAUAGCUGACCCUAUCUAUGUCGAUGAGCUUGUACAGCGUCAACUCUGCAGCUUUGGAUCCCUCUUUGCUUUGGUGCGCACGAUCAACUUCCCUAAUGGAGGCUUCCGUGGAGUCGUUCAAUUUUGCAAGGCUGCGAAGGCCGCCUUGACCUUUCAGCAUACCCGCCAGAUCGCUGGCGAGGGACUUGUCAUCACUCUCAUCCGCCCCGCCGACAUCUUCCCUGACAUGGAUGGGCUUGUUGGCAACAUGAACGGUCUGGCUAUUUCUAGCAACCGUCGAGGCUAUGCUGCCGCCAACAGCAUGAGCCUCAUUGCCCCUCGCGCCCCUCAGGGUAACCCAUGGGCUCCUGUCGCGUACCAGUUCUCCGCCGGACCUACGUACCGCCCCUUCUACCCACCUACCCCGGCCGCAACCCUCGUCCACUCACGAGGUCCUAGCUACCAUGCUGGUCCUUCGUUCAUCAACUACGGACACAUGAACCAUCGUCGCGGUCCUCGCUUCAUCCCGCGUGGUCUCCCUCCACGCAACAACAACUUUGUCGACCUCUACGACUUGAUGGCAGGACGAGACGUACGCACUACUAUCAUGCUCCGAAACAUUCCUAACAAGGUUGACCAACCGCUACUCAAGCGGAUUGUCGAUGCGUCGUCGUACGGCAAGUACGACUUCAUGUACUUGCGAAUCGAUUUCGCAAACGAUUGCAAUGUCGGUUACGCCUUCAUCAACUUUGUAAAGGCCGAGUACAUCAUUGAUUUCGUUCGGGCACGCGCCAACAAGCGCUGGAACUGUUUCCGUUCCGACAAGGUCGCCGAAGUCUCCUAUGCGACUAUCCAAGGCAAGGAUUGUCUCGUCCAGAAGUUCCGCAACUCUUCUGUCAUGCUUGAAGCCGAGCAUUAUCGGCCCAAGUUGUUCUAUACUAUCCAUUCCGACGAUCCUGGUAUGGCUGGACGUGAGGAGCCGUUCCCAGGCCCUGACAACCAGUCCAAAAUGAAGCGUUCUGUUGAGAACGCCGAACAUGUUGGCCUAUUUACUCCCACGGCUGGCCAACACUUUCGUGAGGCCCAGCGCCACCGCCACAGUCAGUUUGACCGCGGUACCCGCCUGGCAGCCCUUGAGGAAGCCACCUAUGAGCAUUCUGUUGCGCACAGUCGUCACUCGCGCUACUAG